GUCUAAUGGGACACGGGUACACGGUGGGGAAUGGCGUCAAGAGGUGGGGAGGAAGGGAAUGUGCGCAGGGCGGCCAUGUUGGUGUUUGUUUUGGUGCGGGCGGCGGGACGGGCGCCCGUUGACCGCAGGACCCAGCGGUGGGGGCAUGGCAGGCAGGGCGGUGCAGAGUGAGAGAAUUAUAAUGCGGAGCAACUCUAACAUUGGCUUCCGUGACGACUCUUCCAGCCCUGUCAUCUACCCCUCAACCAAGAUACCCUGGUAUGUGUGGUUGCUGCUGGUCACCAAGUUCUUCCGAUGCAUCGGUGUGUUUGUGGCAUUUGAUGCAGUGCGCUCCAUCCACGUGGUGUACUUCCUUCUGUUAGUGACGUUGAUGUGCUGAACAAGCUGCAAAGGACGUUUCUCGUUAUUGUGAAAGACUCGCUAGGGUUACUGAGCCAAGUCAUUGUGCUGGUGAUAAACUCACAGCAAAACAGUUGAAAAAGCUACCUUAUUUAUGAUUGUGUUGUGUUGAAGAAACUUGGAAGAACUCUUAGAAACUUGUACUACUUACUCCUCUUACCCUGAAAUGGCAGCACGUGAAGGAACCCGUAGGAGGAGGAUCUCUGUCCUACACAUGCUAGGAACAUGGGAAGAGAAGAUCGAGGGCUGUAACUGUCCCAAGUGUAAAGAGUGUCCUGGAAAAGGUAAAACUGAUCCCCCUGCAAAAAGUCCAACGAAGUCUCUUAAAGGGCCUAAGUCUGCUGUGAAAAAAGUCAGUCCAAAGUCAAAAAUUACAGAUAGUAAAGUGCCACAAGAAGAAAGCAGUGCAAAGAACAGAGUGAAGGAUGCGGCAUCAGACAGUGAAGUGUGUGACUCUGAAUUAACAUCAGAAAGUGCUAGUGGUAGGAAGUUAAACACAGUUAACAACACCAAAGGUUCAGAAGCCAUGCAGCAGGCACCUAGUGAUUCUGGUGUUGAUAAUGUCCGGAAGAUAAUGUCUCGUGGUGUUGAGGAGUCUGAAGUCCAGGACUUGAAGACCAUUGGGAAACAAUCGCAGAAGAGGCAGGGCCUGUCUCCUAAAGACAAUUUUCCAAUACAAAUUAGAUCAAAGCUGAAAGCUGAGGAUAGCACCAGCAAAUUAGUGGUUAAUCCUCAGAAAAGUAGCACUGAAGAAGAGGAGGAAGAUCCUGAUGACCAAAGUACAAACCCUAAACAGAGGAGAAUCUCAACAGGUGAAUCAGAGCUGGUCGACACCAUCAUGAUCAAGGAGGAGCCUGAGGAAUACCUGUCUGACCUUGAUGACUCGGACAAGCCACAAAGAGGAAGGUAUUCUGACAAAAAGGGAGAGACAAGAUCCAAGAGAGCCAGAAUGGUGACAUCAGAAAUGGAGAAUAUAUAUGCUAAACCCCGUAUGAUCUUCACUGGGAAAGGAGUGGUUAGGAAGUUUGAACCAGGAGUUGACAGGACACCAAAAUCAAAGAGAGGAAGAAAGCCUGGCAAGGCCCUCUUACCUGUCAACAUAAAGCAGGAACCCAAAGAGCCAGAGGUGGUAAAGCAGGAGUUGGAGGGCACUGAUGUUGAUGAACUGCAGAAGGCACUCUCAGAAGCUGCAGAAAAUAUCAGUGGCAUGGGAGAAGAACUGCUGGAUGUGUUUCAUGAACUGGGAGAAGGCACAAGGAAGAUAAAGCAGAGGAAGAAACCCCCUGCCCCCUUUUUUAAAAGACUGGAAGGUAAUGGGGACAAAUAUGUGGAGUGCAACAUCUGCUUUAAAGUCCUCAAGGAGUCCUCCAUGAAGCAGCACUACAGGACACACACUGGGGAGAAGCCACACAUGUGUGAGAUCUGCCACUCCAGGUUCACACGCAAAGGCGAUGUUGGGAGGCAUAAGAGGCUGGUACACAAGAACCAGAAGCCGUACAAGUGUCAGAAGUGUGGCAAGGAGUUUGCAGACCACAAGAACCUGAAGGCUCACUUACAAAAUCAUGACAAAGCCAUCUACUAUGGCUGUACUACCUGUGGCUUUAAAUUUGGCAAGAAGGAAUACUAUGAGAACCACAUCCGGUACAUACACCCACUGCCUGGUGGAGCUGUGCCAGCAUUUUCUUCAGAUGAUGAGGAUCUUGCUACCAAGCAGCUGAGACAAAUAGAGAUGGAAGAGCGGAAGAAGCUUAUGCAGAAAAGCAGAAUACUAGAACUGGACGAAUUGGAGGAGGAAGAGGAGGAGGAGGAGGAGGAAGACGAUGAAGAUGAUGAUGAUGAAGAAGACUUGGAUGAUGACGAUAAGGCUAUUGAAAUCACAGUCACAGAUAUGGAUGAGCAGAAUUUGUUCACCAAGUCCGAGCUGUUGGCAAAGAAGGAAGACAGUAUGGAUGGGGCAAUCACAAACAUCCACGAGGAAGAAGAUGAUGAAGAAGAGGAGGAGGAGGAGGAGGAGGAGGAAGAGGAAGAAGAGGAAGAGGAAGAGGAAAGCAAUACUGUUAUCUCAGCCCCAUCAACUGUAAGGCAGAAGACUGAGGUACCUCGCAACUCAUCUCUCAUGCAGCUCAUCAAAAGCAACACCCCACAGCCAACACGAGUGGGAACCAAUAUGAAAGUGUCAAAAGGGAUGUUGAGCCUGACACAGACCAUUUCAGACAAUGACUCACAAGAUGAAGACCUGGUGAACAAGGUUAUAGCUGCAGCAGUGAGUCAGGCCACAGACACCAUUGAGAGCCUCCAAGCCAAGUCUGGUGGCAACUUAUCAGGAAAUGAAAUUGAAUUUGGGGACGAAGAGGAAACAGAGGAGGAGGAGAGGCUGGAAGGAGCGGAGGACUUGCAGGAUAUCCUUGGAGGGCCUUCCUAUGAAAUGCUCCCCAUGCCAAAUGUGCAGAAGAGCCCCCAACAACCAGCAGAGAUCCACAUUACAGCGUCGGUCAGCGGACAACAGCGCAAGUUCAUCAUUCAAGUUCCACCGGGGACAAACCUUAAUGUGCAGACUCCAGAAGGGAUGGAGAUGAUUGUGAACAUCGUGAAUCAGCUGUGUGCUGGUAAGGGGGAGUUAGAUGGACCCAUAGAGGUGGUGAUGAACAACCCAAACAACCGCCUUACGUUCGUUAACAAUAAAAGAUAGCAACCCUACCCCAACGACUCUUGCUGACAGUGUGCUACCAUCGCUUCUGUCUAUCUUAUGUUUAUGGUGUUGUGUUGUGUGGUUUAGGGUCUCGCAAGUUGAAUAUUUUGUUGCAAAAUGAAAAAUAAGCCAUAUGCAUUUUGUCAAUGCUCUUAUUUUAUUACAGCAAAAGACAAUAAUUAUUGAAAAUAUAAGUCAUUGGUUAUUAUCAUUUCAAAUGAUUAAUUAAUUGAUUUGCACAAACUUUGUAACUUAGGUCUCCAAAAUUACUGUUGGAAGUAAAAAGUCGAGAAAUUGAGGUUUAUUGUGGUUACUGUUCAUUGUUUAGGUUUCCACUCUGUUUAUAUGUUCCAGAAGGCCGUGAAGGGGGAGUGUAAAGCCAUAACAGGUACAAGAGUACUUGUUACUGAUGCUUGAAGGUGUACCUGGUUGGGCAGAGGAAGGUGUAUUUCCCUCAGGGACCCUUCCUUACCCAUAUAACUUUCUUAUUUUACUGUUUAGUGUAGCCAUAGAAUAUUAUUAAUUCACAUGAAUUUUUGAUAUGCAGCUCACUAGAGGCUUAUGCAGAAUAAUGCAUUUUCUGUUGAUGUGGUAUGUUCAUAUGUAUUGUGAAUAUUUUAGUAAUAUUCAAAUGGUUUGUAAUUAUUAUAUUGAAUAAUUUAAAGACAAGUAUAUCAUGGUUUGCAAUGUGUUUUAUAUGUUUUCAUAUAUAUGAACCAUAUCCCUUUAAACUCUAACCUUCACCUCCACUUUGUGUAUUUCACUUGACUGAAGUUUUUUUCUUCUGGUUUUACCAGUUUAUUGCAGUGUUUGGGAUAAGAAGAUUUUUAACUAAGCUUCAUAUUGAUUUGUGCUCUGGACGAACUCAUUUUGGCACACCAUAGAGCAGGAAUAUGUAAUUUACAAUGUCUUAUGCAAACUCAGAACACGUUACACAUCAUGUGAGCCAGAACCACUGUAUGCUUUUUGUCUUGCAUGAUUGAGUUGUCUUAAGUCAGAUUUGUACCAAUAUUCCUUAUUGUAUAUACUAUAUUUUUUUUCAUAUAAUAAGUAAACUUAACACAUAUAAUGAUCCCUCCAUGGGGAAGUGAGAGAUCACUAGAGAACUUGUAUAGAUCCUGUGUUGUAUUAUUUUAUAUGUCAAAUGCUAGUGUUACAGUUUGGAUUAAACUCCAUUAACUUAAA